GAAAAGACAUGCGGCACAUGUGGGACGACGCAAUGUGAUGGCUGCGUGACUGUGCUCAAGAACCACCAGUGUCAUGCCCACAUGUCACGAACGAGAUGGAAAGGAUCUGUAACCGCUUCUUCAUGAUCGACCGGAUGAGUUGACCGGACACGCACGCGCAAACGUCGCUGUGUAACCGAUGAAGCGGCUGAGCAAGGCGGUGCAGGACCGCGUGGGUCGCAAGGGACCUCCUCUUCUCCAAGACGAGCAUGUGCCAACUUCCAACGACAAGAGUGCGCAUAGUAGUGUGCACGAUCUCGAGCAAGUGGAGCUGCAACUCGUCCAAGUGCUCAAGCAAAACGGCGUGGGUGAAAUCUGCCGCACCAUCAAAGCCGAGAUCGACACGAUCUGGGCCGUCCAGUCGGCGUUCAAGACCCUCGCCAGCGUCGGCCACUUUUACUUUUCCUGCGGCGAGACCGUGUUCUCGGUGAAUCCCGCCGACGGUUUCUACGACAGCGACGGGCUCUUGCUGGCUCUGUUCGCGCUCAAGAAGUUUCCCCAUCACCGAGAAGUGCUGUUUCCCAUCUUGGACACGAUUUCCAUCUACGCGAAACUGGACGUCGAACGAGCGUUAACGUUUUGCGCUAUCGAUGGCGGCGUGGACUUGAUCAUGAACUGCGUCCGCAACCACUACGACAAGCCCAACUUGAUCUGCAUGGCCCACGAUGCCCUCGGCAGUCUUAUUCUCAACGACGACAUUCGACAGCACAUUGCGUCGACGGGGUUAAUGCACGAACUGGUGACGUUACUUGAUCGGUUCAAGUCCAACGUGGAUGUGUCUCGGGCGUUGCUGUACCCACUCAGUCACUUGGUCGUGCUACGCGAGAUGGCCCAUACAUUUGUCGACUUGAAUGGGAUUCCCACGGCAUUGCACUGCUUGAAGCAGCACAAACACGACCAGCAAGCCGCGUGGUACGCCCUGGCCCUACUCAACGCCCUUACGACCAGUGACUCGUACCAUAUCCAGCUUAUUGGGACCGUCUUUUCCCACAAAGGGGUGCCGUUGAUUGCUCGGGCUAUUGCCAUGCACGUCCAAGUAGAGGAAAUCGCAUUGGAAGGGUUUCAGCUCCUUGAACGCAUCGCAACAGUGUCACAGUUCUUUGCCGUGAUCAACCGCAACCACGUACUUGAGUUGGCAUAUCAUGCCUUGUCGUUGUACAAAGGACCGCAAUACACCCACACAAGGUUGGAAAUCAAGAAACGGGUACUGACGUUUCAAACGUGUGCGAUUCAGGACGGCCACGCGUAUGCCAUGCAAGAGCGAUUAACAAAAGGCGACUGUAUUCUGUACUCCAUCUUCGUCGCGCUCACGGCGGUCGCGGCCGCCUUGUCCCCGUACGACCACUGCACGCACCAUAUGACGCAGGCCCUCACCGCGUCUUUGCGCCUUCCGGAUACGUUUCCGGACACGGCCCACGUCUGGAUGUACCUCGAAUCGGCGUUCGUGUCGAGCUUGUUUCGUCCAGUUACGCCCGAUUCUAUGGCCACCCCCGCCAUGAUGGAUGGGUCCAACGUCCUUCUCGGCAACGUUCUACUGCACCAGCGUCGACUCAGCGUGGUGGAUUUGACAGAAGACAAGACCACGUCCGAUAUAUUUGGCGUGUAUAUGGAAGAACGAGGAUAUCAAGCGACUCUGCCACCAGUUCAAGCUGCUCCAGGACUAUGCCACUCUGCUAAAUGUGUAUUGGCCCAGCUCCGCCACUCGAAAUGGCUAGACCUGUAUACCCGGUCUGUGGUUAUCGAAUGGAAUGUAUACAAUGCAGCCCUGGACAUCCAUAUUGCAAUGACGUUAUCACUGGACUUUGCAGUCGGAGCGGCGAUUCAAACGGAUCUUCGAGCCACGCCCGCCUACUUUAACGUGUACCGCGGUGUGUUCUUAACGUCCGCUUUGUUUUACGUGGACAUGGGUCUUGUCUUCUUUACCUUGUACAGCGUAUGGCGUGCGGGAGGCAAACUCCACCGGUACCGCCAGUACUAUUUCUUUGUUGGCGCCCAUGUCAUGGACGGUUUGAUCGUUGUGCUAUGGCUGGGUAUCUGGUGCACUCGGCUGCAUUAUGUCACCACGGCGUCGUACUCGCUCAUGGUUCAACUCGCCGGUCCGACUUAUGUGUCGUUACGAGGUACUACUUACUACCUAGUAGUACUCAAUCCCCGAAAGUACACCAUUCAACAGUACUCAAUUCAACAGUACUCAAUUCAACACUACUCGAUUCGAAAGUACUGAAUUCAACAGUACUCAAUUUAAAGUACUCAAUCCGAAAGUACUCAAUCCAAAAGUACUGACUGUGGUUCAUCCAACAACAGAUGUGACGAGUCUCGCCCAACAAGACCGCGUUCUGUUUGCAUUCGUGUCCCUUGUGAUGUGGCUCAACUGGACUCGGUACUUGUCCUCGCACCACCUUCGGUACCUCCUUUGUGUGCUCGAGGUACCUACUUGCCAAAACUAGUAGUACUACAUAGUCAUCUAAGCUCGUGCACUGCAGGCCACUUGGGGGUACAUCGUCGGGUACAUCCUCUUGAUCGUUGUGUUGGUGAUGGGAGUGACUCAGUACCUAAUGCUGGCCUUUCCAUGGAGUACCCAAUCCACGUUUUUCGAUCACUUUACCAAGGCUGUGAACGCCAUGAGUACCCACGGGAUGCCUCGUCCCGCGGAAUCCACAUGGUCCGGCUACGUGCUCUUCUUGGGAUUCAACGUCCUCUUGCCGCUCUACUUGUUUUUCGCUCUUGCGCCGAUGCUUCGCCUUGGCUUCAACCUGUGCCAUCGCGAACCUCGUCCGAAGCGCGCCCCUGCGAAGCUUCCCUCGUCCCUUAAAGGACACAAGAAACCUCAUCACCCGAACAUGAAGAUCGUGUUCGAAACCGCCAAGUUGGCCCUCAAGGGCAUGCUGGAAGACCGGCAGUCUACCAUUCGCAAACACUCGUUCAGUCCGUGGGAAAAGUCGGAUGCGAGCCUCCUUGACGACAUCACGGAAGCCAACUACGUCAGCCCGAGCGCUCCGUCCAUCCUCCAGGAGCUCCAGCGAGGGGUGGUGCACUUGGCAGUGGAGGAGCAGCACCUCGACAUGCUCGCCACGACGCUGUUCAACCGACUGCAGCAGUUGCAUCUCCUCCUGUGCUCCAACUUCUCGCGCUCCAUCAAGACACCUUUGCCCACUCCCGUAUCCCUAGACAAGUCACGAAGGAUGUCCAACCUGUCUUAUGUGCAGCGCCGAGGGCAGUCCUCAUGCACCAGCGACGGCAACGACGGCGGCCUCGACGACGUGCCCAAUGUCGAAACUUGAUCGUUCUCUUUUUAUACAAACAGUAAGCUGAAAUGUUGAGUAAAGUAUGAUGCGUUUAAACGUUUCUGGCCGUAACCAAAAUGAAGUUUAAAC